UCUCUCGCGCGCGCAUACACACAGUCACUCACACAUCUGUACUUGUGAAGAAAUGCUUAUAUCCACCACUAAGCUUUUUCGUCGUCUUCAUUCGUAGAUUCGCAUUUUCUACCUCCAUUAGGUCGAUUUGGAGUAUCAACAAAUCAGUUACAUCUAUAUUUGUGGUUUUUGCUUAUGUUCUUCAUCGUUGGUGCAUCAUGUCCAACAAUUUGGUUUCUGAGUACCCAAUCUCAGGUAGGCAGUUGGUUCAGAUGGAGCAUAGUUCUAGCUCUCUGGAAUUUCCUAUGAAAAUGAUGGGCCAGGUAUCAAGCGCUCCUGAAUCACACCAUUUCUAUGUACCAGCAGAUCAAAGUGGUCUAUUAAAGUCAUUCUCCAGCUCUGGGUUCACUACUCCAAUGAUGUCGAAUAAUAUGUUGGGGCAUAAUGAAUCUUCAGGUGUUAGUAUGGGAUCAAACCAAGUUUGGAUGUCAAACCAUCUAGGUCCUAAGCAUGCAAGUUCGCCAAAAAGCAUAGCUGCACAGAAAGCUUCAUUCCCAUUUAAACGGAAGGCUGAGGCAGAACCUUUGGCAAAUAAUGCUACUUCUCAGCAGUUGGCACAGCCUCACAAGCGGCCAGCACAUGUGGGAUCUGAUGCUAAUUUUUCUGGAUUUAUGCAGCCUUCAGCACAUCAAAAGAAAACCGCACAGUCACAGUCUCGAUUGAGCUCUCAAGUUACGCCUGCUCAACCUAUCAAGAAAAUGAUACGGAAUGACUCCAUGUCUGGUAAGUCUGGCUUACAACAGCAGGGGCAAACUGGAAAGAGGCAAACUGUUCAAAUCAAAUCAGCAUCCAAGGCUCGUUUGGAUUCAUCAGAAGGUGUAAGGUCCAAAAUGAGGGAAUCUUUGGCUGCAGCAUUGGCUUUGGCUUAUCAGAACCAGGCGAAUACCUUGCUAACUGAGAAGAACCAGAGGGAUACGGAUAAUCCCAUGGACUCCCGGGAUUCUCAUGUCUCCGGUGCUAGUGAGGGAGGUCAGGUUCCUGUUUCUCGCUCCGCAGAAGUUUUCCCUUCAAAUGAAUUGACCACACUUAACAAAACCAGUGGUUCUAAGGUGUUUCAGUACAAUAUACCUGAUGAGGAUGUUCCAUUUGGUGAUAACUUUUUUGCUAAAGAUGAUCUUUUGCAGGGCAAUGGGCUUUCUUGGGCAUUUAAUUUUGAUAUGCAUAUGGAAGAGGGUAAGGAAAGUCAGCAUUCUGAAAAGUCUUUGAAAGAGGAUGCUCUGGGGCACAAAGGACGGGUUGAAACUUUGACACCUGAAGACUUGGCUUUCAAAAUUGAAGCUGAGCUGUUUAAAUUAUUUGGUGAUGUGAACAAAAAAUAUAGAGAGAAAGGCAGGUCUCUUUUGUUCAACCUCAAAGAUCGUAACAAUCUGGAACUGAGAGAAAGAGUCAUGUCUGGCAAAAUAUCUCCGGAAAGGUUAUGCUCAAUGUCAGCUGAAGAGCUUGCUUCUAAGGAGUUAACAGAGUGGCGUAUGGCAAAAGCAGAAGAGUUGGCGCAAAUGAAAGUUUUACCUGAUACUGAGGUUGAUAUAAGACGUUUGGUCAGGAAAACACACAAGGGUGAGUUUCAGGUAGAGGUGGAGCAUGAUGAUCUCAUUGCUGCAGAGGUAUCUGCUGGGAGUUCUUUAUUAACGCGACCUCACAGGAAAAAGGCUGUCGAAUCUCAAUCUCCUUCCGGGGCUAGUGUUAAAGAUAAAGAGAAGGUUGCAGGCCAAGCGAGCAGUUCGGAAGGCCAGGAUUUCACGGGCAGCCUGAUUAUUCAGACAGAUGAAACUGAUCCAAUGCAAGGAAUGAUGGUGGAUGAACUGAAGGAUGCUGACUUACCUCCAAUAGUUUCGUUAGAUGAGUUUAUGGAGUCCCUUAAUACAGAACCUCCAUUUGAGGAUCUAUCAGGAGAUGCAGGGAAGAAGUCUCCUGGACCAUAUGAUCCAUCUAGAGAAAGCCCAAAACGUUCUAGCAACCUUAGGGCUUCUAAUCAAGCUUCAGAUGUACAUAAAGAUGCUAGCACCAAAAAGGCUUCUUUUGUCAAGAAACCUGACACGGUGAAGGAUUUGAGUGUUAGUCCUGUGAAAGAAACAGUUUGUUCUAGUGAUGUACGGAGUGCUGAUUUGGUCUGGAAUGGUCUUCUUCAGCUCAACACAUCAUCCUCAGUCACAGUUGGUGGGCUGUUUUACAGCGGUGAGAAGACAUCAACAAAGGAAUGGCCUGCCUCUCUUGAGAUCAAGGGCAGAGUUAGACUCGAUGCAUUUGAAAAAUUUAUCCAAGAACUCCCCAUGUCGCGAACACGUGCAGUCAUGGUUCUCCACUUCAUUUUGACGGACAAAUCAUCCGAGGAGCAGUGUUCUAACCUCUCUGAGGUAACUCUCUCCCUCCCUCCCCUCUUUAGAGUGCUGUUGGGAUAUUAUGCAGAUGACGAUUUUCUGGUGCAGGCUGUGAGCUCGUACAUAAGCGACGAGAGGUUGGGGUACUCUGAGCCAGUCACAGGAGUUGAGCUCUACCUGUGCUCGCCGGCUUCUAGAAUGUUCGAGAUGUUGAACAAGCAUAUACUCCGGGAGCAUCCAGUGACCGAAGAAUCCUUUGAAAACGGACUAAUUGGUGUUGUUGUAUGGAGAAGAGCUCAUAUAAGCAACAUAAUAUCACCUAAAUCAUCGUCCCACCAAAAACACAGCUUGAAAAAGCAACCCCUUGGUGCCCCCACUCAUACUCUAACUAGGAAACCCCAGCAGCCACCGCCGGGCGAGGACGAAGACAAUGACAUCCCGCCUGGGUUUGGCCCCGAUGCGGCAGCGAAGGACGACGAUGAUUUACCUGAAUUCAACUUCUCCUCCAGGGACCUGGCCCGUGUUGCACCUCGUAAUUCACUUCACUUCUCGAACAGGGCACGACCGGUAGAGGAUGUGAGAGAGCUUAUCAAGAAAUAUGGGCAAGAUGGGACCAGUAAGAGUGUGGUGGUAGAUGAUAGGAGAUUAGGGGUUGAACCUUGGGACGACGACGACGAUAUACCGGAGUGGCGGCCGCAGGCCCCACAACAGCCGGUGCGCCACCAGCCUUAUCAGCUGCCUAUGCACUUGCAACAUCCUAGUGAUAGCCGUACGCCUCCUACGAUGCGGCCUGGCGGGCUGGGACACCAUGCGCCACCGCCGGGUGGCUACCAAGCUGGCUCGAGAUGGAGGCAGUACUAGUUAGCUUUUCGUUUUUGUAGAUAAAUUUUGAUGGGUUUUUUUUCUUAAUCUCACUUGUUCUUCGUCUUCUGUAGUCGUUUCAGUGAAAUGAUAUUUAGUAGCCAUCAAUUAGAAGACGAAAUCAUAACAAAUAAUUGAUUCAAUACAUUUCAAUUUUCAUUUCA